AUGAAUCGAAAGGACAUCCUUCAUUUUAUUUAUCAAGCAUAUAUAAUGAGUGAAUGUAAUCGUUUGAUACCGCAUGUGUUGAGCCUUCACACAUAUUUGGCACCAACAUUUUGUGAUUUAUGUGGUCAAUUUUUAUUUGGAUUAUACAAACAAGGAAUGAAAUGUGAAGGAUGUGGUAGAAAUUUUCAUAAAAGAUGUGUUACCGAUUUACCUGAUAAUUGUUCGCCAAUGGCACGUAAAAUAUCGGAUGUUGCUUUGCCUAAUGAUACGAUGGUUCAAGAUGUAAAAAAACGUUUAACAUUAACUGGAGCUGAAUUACCUCAAAUGCCACAUUGUUUCUAUGUUCAUAGUUAUCGAACACCUACAAAAUGUAAAAUAUGUAAACGUUUAUUAAAAGGACUUGUCAAACAAGGAUAUCGUUGUAAAGAUUGUAAAUUAAAUGUUCAUAAAAAAUGUAUCAUUAAAGUGACAAAUAAUUGUCGUGGACUAGCUCAAAUUAGUUUAGGAGCAGACGAUGAUGAUAUAUCACGGGAAAGUGAGGAAGUGAUGAAUAGUAGUGUGCGUGAUCCAUCACCCGUCGAUAUUAAUGAGGGUGAUGAUGAUGAUUUAGAAGGUUUAUCGAAACAUGGUAAUGUUCGUGCUCAACGUCUUAUACAAUCAAUAAAACGUGUCAAGAAAGCUAGUGGCGGUGCACUAUUUUGGGAAGGUAUUAAUCAUUUAAUUAAUUUGACUUAUCAAUAUACAAGAUGUUUAUAUUUAGGAUGGAUGGUUCAUACAACCGAGAAAGAGCCAACAGUAGAAAAACGUCAUUAUUGGCGCGUUGAUGCAACAUGCAUUACAAUGUAUCAAAAUGAAGCAACAAACAAAUAUUAUAGAGAAAUCUUACUUGAAGGUGUAUCAAUGCAAAUAAAUUCAUUUACAGACAAAGUACAUUUUUUUGAACUAAAAACUGAUAGUAAUACAUACUAUUGUGGUUAUCGUCGAUCCAGAGAUAUUAAUGAAUUGUAUAAAAUUGAUCCUGUUGAAGUUUUGGGAUCCGGUCAAUUUGGUACAGUUUAUGGAGGUAUUUCUGUCUAUAGUAUUGAAAUUAAUUUUUUCUAUAUUACAUAUUAUUUAAUAGGUUAUAAUCUUGAGACGAAUGAGGCUGUAGCAAUUAAAGUUAUUGAUAAAUCUCGAUUUUCUGAACAAGAAGAAAAAAUUCAUCGUGAAGUUGAUAUUCUACACGAAGUAUUACAUCCUGGAGUUAUUAAAUUACAUGCCAUGUUUGACACACCGGGAAAAUUUUAUCUUGUUAUGGAAAAACUUCAUUCUGAUAUGUUAGAAAUGAUUUUAACACAACCAACAAAACGAUUAAAUGAACGACAAACAAAAUUUCUUAUUUAUCAAGUUUUAGUUGCAUUACGUUAUUUACAUAGUAAAUCAAUUGUUCAUUGUGAUCUUAAGCCAGAAAAUGUUUUACUAGCAAAAUCUGAAGAUUUUCCUCAGACAAAAUUAUGCGAUUUUGGAUUUGCUCGAAUUAUCGGUGAAAAAUCAUUUAGACGCUCAAUAGUUGGAACUCCGGCAUAUCUUCCUCCAGAGGCACUUAAACCAGAAUUAAGAUUAGAAAAAGGUUACAACAGAUCAUUAGAUAUGUGGUCAUGUGGUGUUAUAAUUUACGUCUCAUUAAGUGGUACAUUUCCAUUUAAUGAAGAUGAAGAAAUCGAGGAUCAAAUUCGUAAUGCUAACUUUAUGUUUCCACCUAAUCCAUGGAAAGAAAUAUCGAAAGAAGCUCUAUUUCUUGUACAAGGACUUUUACAAGUUGAUAGUCGAAAACGUUUGCUUAUAAACAAAGCUUUUCUACAAAAUUGGUUACAGGAUUAUCAACUUUGGUGUGAUCUAAGAAAAUUAGAAGAAUAUGUUAAUGAAAGAUGGUUAACAUUGCCAGAAGACGAUGAAAAAUGGGAACAUUAUGCGAUAGAAAAUGGACUCGGAAAAGCAACAGUUUAA